GGAUAGGGAGAGCGAGAGACAGAGAGGCUAGAAUAAAUAUAUGCAGCUGUGUCCGUUGGAUUUUUGAACCGACCAAAAAAAAAGCAUUGGUCGUUUUAAAUGCCGGCAUACAUAAUAAUGAAUGCUCGAUCGAUCGGGAGAAAUCCGGUUCCAUAAUGACAUAAACAACUUAGCAGGAAAAAAAAGCAGCACAGCCAUAGAAAACAAAAUGUGUUGAUGCAAAAUAUUUCAACAGACACAAUGACUAUAACAUUAAUAUUAUCGUAAUUAUGGGUGAUAUAAUAACAAUGUUGGAUUUUAGCAAAACAAACAAUUUAUUCGGAACAAACGAACCAAUGUUUGCGGUUCCAGUUGAUUUGCUGCUGCUGCCACCGCCAGCAAAACAUACACCCAAUUUAAGCUUCACACAUGUCAAAAACAAAUGCAACACACUUUAUUUACAAACUUUACGCAAACCUGCUCAAUAUUCGUACUCGAAUAUUGAUAAAAUGCAACAUGCUCGAAUCGAAAAACUCUUCAAAUUUAUUGUCCGUAAAAAUCCUUUGACGUCAUCGAUCGAUUAGAUUAAAUCUAUCCAAAACUGAACGUGACAGUUUGUAGUAAAACUGAACUUGACUAUAUGAUAGAUAAUGGUACUCCGUCUGAAGAUGCAAUAGAUAAUAGGUUCAAAAACUAUGCUGGACAUUGAACUUCAAUAAAGGAAUGUCAUGAUGAGAAUAUAACAAUACACUCGAUUGGGUGUUGUGGUGGCAUUUGCUACGAAAAAUAAAACAAAGUAUUUCAAAUCAAAGAGUAAAUAAAUUCUACAAACAAUGUAAUCAGACAUAGUCCGAUGUGAAUGAUGUAAUUUACAAAUCGAUAGUGAUUAGAGCGUUUUUCGGAAAUUUGAAGAUACUUAACGAACAUUCGAGACCAUUGAAAGACAGAACAUAGCAGUGGAGAAACAACCGAAUAGUAGAGAGGAUAGCGACCGAAAAAUGCGUUCAACAACAGAAAAAACCCACCAAACGGGAUCGAUCAAAUCGUAAAUAGUACAAACAUGACACGCACGCACAUUCAAACCCAGAACAAUAUAGUCAAUAAGACAGUUGAUUGUUAUAUUUUGAACUUGUAAACAAAACCAUACACCUUGUUAUUGUUAUGAUUGCAAUGGAGCAGAGACUGCGCCGUGCAUGUUAUACAAUUCGGUCGUAUUUAUUCGCGUAAAAGAUCAAGUUUUAUUGAAUCAACGCUCAAAUUGGAUUUUGAACACUACACAUACUGAAUGAACACUGGUCAUUUGAAGCAGUUUUACAUUAGGCUCUGUUUAUCAGCACAUUUCGAAAAAUUGAAACACUAAAAACUGUCUAUAAAACAACCCAGCGACGAAACAAAGAAAUGGUGUAUAAUAUGGUUGUGUUGAUACACUUACUUUCGCUUUGUGUAUUGGUCAUAACAUUUGUUGUUCGAAUUGACUUUGCCACAAUGUUGUGAAAUACAGAAAUCAGUAAUUAUGAUAGUAAACGGGAAUGAAAUAAGAAUGUAUACGUAAAUUUAUGUUUUUCAUUUCAAUGUUAUAUAUUCAUUUUUUAUUGCCUGACGCAUGAUACUCUAUCACACUUGGUUUCAUGCAUUUGGAAUACGAAAACGGCACAAAAUUCAAACUGUGAUUAUGCUACUGUGAGCUUGCACAGAGUCCAAAGACUACGCAAACAAUGAUCGAUACGCACACGUUUCUAGUUCAACUACUCUAUUUAUUUUUUUUCGCAGAGUCGAUUCAUUUUGACGAUGUCAAACGGCGGCUCGCGCGCAUAUUCAUUCCAAAUUGGUUUGUUUGUCGUUAAUUUCCAUUGAUUGAUUUAUAUAUUUUCACAUUUUGGUUACAUGAUUCUCCCGAUUCGUUCGGAGUUGGUCGGAACGGAGAAAGAAAACAAAAGCACAACAACAACACGUUUUAAAAUAUAGAAACAAUCGUCAGUCCAUUGGGGAAAACGGACCGACGCAAUAUUGAAUGAGAAAGCUGAAAACUGAAGGAGAAAGAUGGGUUCGAGAAGGAAAGAGAGAGAGAGAGAGAGAGAGAGAGAGAGAGAGAGAGAGAGAGAGAGAAAAAGAGUAGUAGCAAAAAGAGGCACGAGUACACUGUAGAUAUUUGGAGCUAUGCAUAAAAUACCGUUUUUCAUCUACUCAGGUCACACACAGAUCUCCAUAAUGCUCUUCGGUGUACACGCAAUUUGAGAGCACAUAAAUUUCGGUUUUUCAGCAACAUGUAAAAUAAACCGUACCAUUCAAAGAAGAAGAAAAAGUUGGAAAAAAGCGCACAUACAACGGCGGACACCGAAGAAAUUCCGUCCACUUUUUGUUUUUAUUCAUGUGGCAAAUGUCACACAAAUCAUUAUAGUGUACAUGUUCACGUGAUGUCUUUGUGUUGACCACUUUGGAUUUCUGAAUGCCCCGUAUGUAUGCGGGAAAAACAGCCAGUGUUGAUUAUAUUCAGUGUGUGAAUGAUUUGUCCGCGUAUUUUAUUUCGCUUAUGGCUUUUUAUUAUUUUUCUUUUUUUUUAUUCCGUUGACUCUGUUUUUUUUUCUUCACUUCAUUAAAAUUUAGCUGGUAUUUGGUGUGGUUGCUGUUAUUUUGUGUUUAGUCACAUUGAUAUUGCAGUUACUGCUGCUGUUGCGGUUGCUACUAUCCGCACGCGCGUUCAAUGUAUUGAAUUCUCUUCGCAUUAUUUUUGUUUUUUUUUUUCGUUUAUUCGUUUAUUUCUCGCCUAUUCUGUUGCCGUUCCAAAGUUGGCCAGCCAGCCAGCCUGACAGCCGAUUCAUUCAAUCGCUUGUUCAUUCAUUCAAUUCGGUCGAUGAUAAGUGUGUCUCACAUCGAUCGACCGUUUUUUUUUUCUACUCUAGUUCAAUACUCUUGUGCUUUUUUUCUUCUUCGGUUACUGUUUGUUGUUCAAACAUUGAAACUUCGUUAGUUAAUCGCUUUUGGUUUUAUUUCAUUUUUUAUAUUCUACGGCACACGUUCGGAAUAUAGAGUGACAUUAGUUAGUUGUCUGUGUGUUCGUGUGCACUUUUUUCUUCUUCUUCAUUUGUUCUUCAUUUUGACGUUCAAAUCUAAAUCGUUGAAAAGUGUGAUCGAAACGUGCAUGUGCAAUAUAUAUAUAUGGAAUGAAUGGCGAUCGUUUACGCAGAGGUCGAAAGUGUGCUCAUCGCUUAAAAUGCACUCCGUGUCAAUUUUCACCAUAAAUUUGAAAUAAUAAUUAGUGUCUCUGAGUGUGUGUGCGUCUUUGUCUGUCUCUGUGUGUGACAAACAAUUAUGUGAUGUUAGUGUUAACCAAAGCAAAGCAAAGCAAAGCCAGGCUAAAAUCAACGAAUCCAAGUCCAUAGUCAAAAUAAGGCAAACUCUGAAACUAACAUUCGCAUUAAUUUGAACGAGCGCAACAACAACAACAAAUUGAAUUUUGCAAAUUGCUUUCAGUGCAUCUAUCUUACUGUACGGGUGUAUGUCGAUUUUCAACAACAACAACAAAGCACUAGUUAACAGUAUUAUCGGUUAGAAUAGCUGACACAUCAGGAAUUAUGUUCAAAGAGAAAACGAACGAAUCACAAUCGAUAAAUACACCAAAGAUGUCUUACUUUUCGGAUAUUGAUUUGGCAACAUUGCAUCGAUCGCGGCUCAAUGAACGUAUUCAAUACAAAUUAUCGUGGUUCAAUCGACGGCAAAAGUACUACAUUCCACCCACAAUGGCACCAAAUCAAUCGUACCAUCGUUACAAUCAAAAUAUGCACAACAAAACCAGCAGCGGUGGUGGUGUUAAUCAAAAAAUUGGUGUUGAUCAUAAAAAAACGUUGGUAAAUGGUGGAACUUUCAUCAGUGAAAAGACCUCAUUAAGUGCAGCUAACCACAAUAGCAAUAAACUCGCCACAAACCGCCAACGAAGGAGUGCUUGUGUGAGCAAUCGAUCGUCAUCAUCGUCGUCGUUGUUAUUGUCGACAUCGGUAAACGGUGACAAUGUCACCAGGAACUUGAACCAUUGUGAUAAAUCGAGUAAAAAAAAUGUUAGUAGUGUUCAUACGGAUAAAAUCAUGGUUUAUAAACGGCAAAAUCAAAACAACAAUGACAUUUCGAGCACUGUAAACAAACGAAUGAAUGCAAAGCAACAGACAUUGCCCAAUACACACGUAUCAUCGUCAUCGAUUUCAUUAGCAACGAACGAUCCGGAUUCUCGAAAAACUGAUGCCAAUCACAGCGGCUACGGUGACGAUGACGACGACGACGGCGGCUGCGAUUACGGUGGUGGCGUCAGUAACAAUGGCACAGUGCAUGCAAAAUGUUUAUCAGGUGAUGCAAUCAACAGAAACACACGAACGAUGACUGAAAAAACAACAACGCGCGAUUGUCAUUAUCCGUGCAACGAAACAGCGUCAGCCGUCGUCGAUCAAGCGCUAGAAGAGGAUCUCAAUCUUCCUCAUCGAAAGAGAUCUGGAACAUGGCCGCGCACCAGAAGUCUAAAUGCACCAUCACCAUUUCAGCAGUUUGGACCAUGUGGACGGAUUAUGAAAAACUCGGCGAUGGUCAUGCAAAUUCAAGAUCCGGCCAGUCAGCGAUUGACUUGGUAUAAACCACCGUUGGCAGUGCUUGUCAUCAAAAAAGUUCGUGAUCAGUUGGUGUUGCCACCAUUUGUGCAGCUCGUUGAAUGGCUUAUUCAGGAAAAACACAUGGUAGUUUGGGUCGAAGCGGCUAUAUUAGAUGACGAAGCGUUGUUAAGAGACAAAAAAUUUCAAAAAAUCAAAGAUAAAUUGGUGACGUUCAAAGAUGGCCGUGACGAUUUAACCGAUCGUAUAGAUUUUAUUGUGUGCUUAGGCGGCGACGGUACACUACUGUAUGCAUCACUAUUGUUUCAACAAUCGGUGCCGCCCGUAAUGGCAUUCCAUUUGGGUUCGUUGGGCUUUUUGACACCGUUUCAGUUUGACAAUUUCCAGGAGCAAGUGACUAAUGUGCUUGAAGGACAUGCAGCCCUAACAUUACGAAGUCGCUUGCGAUGCAUCAUCGUGCGAAAGAACGAAGAACCGAACGAAAAUAGUUGCGAGAAGAAUUGGCUCGCCCAUAAGGCCAUUGAUUCAUCGAAUGGUACAGCAGUAACACCGAAGCCAGCUACUAAUAUUUUGGUGCUCAAUGAAGUGGUCAUAGAUCGUGGUCCAUCACCAUAUCUAUGUAAUAUUGAUUUAUUCCUUGAUGGUAAGCAUAUCACAUCCGUUCAAGGUGAUGGUUUGAUUGUGUCAACACCAACGGGAAGCACGGCCUAUGCGGUUGCUGCUGGUGCGUCAAUGAUACAUCCAUCGGUGCCGGCCAUCAUGGUAACACCAAUCUGUCCGCAUUCACUCAGUUUCCGACCAAUUGUCGUUCCGGCGGGCGUUGAAUUGAAAAUUUCCGUAUCGCUAGACAGCCGUAACACGUCUUGGGUAUCAUUCGAUGGCCGAAAUCGGCAAGAGCUAUUGCAUGGUGAUAGUUUGCGUGUGACCACGUCAAUAUAUCCCGUACCCUCCAUUUGUGCUCAGGAUCAAAUAUCCGAUUGGUUUGACUCGUUGGCUGAAUGUUUGCAUUGGAACGUUCGUAAAUCGCAAAAAAGCCUCGACGAACUGAGCGAUCUGACCGCAUCGGGCGAUGGUUCGGGUUCGGACGAUGCGCUCGACGAAUUGGAAAAAACCUUCGAUAUGAACAAUAUUAAUGAUUCGUGAACAAACAACAAAACAAACAUAAAUUUGUGAUCAACCAUUUUAAUUUAUAAUUUUUAUCACAAAAAAUGAAAAGUUUUUGUUUCAAGCAGGAAACAGAAAAAAACACAAAUGAAAGAAAGUUAAGAAACAGGAAAAGAGAUAAAAUGAUGAAAAAAAAGAAGACAAUUUGUUUCACAAACUUCUGUUUUUGUUCUUUUUUUUUGCUAAAUUAGUAAAUUUUCUACUAUGUAAGAGCAGCAGCAACAACAAUUUUCUAAUUGUAGGUACCACUAUUCUUUUUUUCUUCGAUGGAACAUGCGAACAUUGUUAUGGUUCCUCCAAUUUUUAAAUGAACAUUUUUUAUACUAUAUUAAAGCUAAACAAAAUACAAAAAAAAUGGUGUAUAAAAUCGAAUUUUGACAAUCUCUUUAAAGGAACAAAACAAAUAAUGUCAAAACUAAUAUCUUGUUGUUAAACCAAAUUUUUUUUCCUUUUGUUACUUAAAUAAAAUCAAAUUUUAACAUUAAAACCGAACGUACAUAUA